AUGGGCGCAGCAGCAGCAAGCAGAGAGAAGCCAUUGAUGAUCCCAAAUUCAAAUAAUUUCUUCUCAGAGUUGGAAGUAAACGCAAUAGAGCUUCUCGUACAGCUCAGCGGAUCGUCGUGCGGCAAUGGCGGCAGCACUGAAGAAGAAAGCGAUGUCAAAAGCAGAGCAGCUCCGCCUACAUUAUUCGCUGAAGACGAAGACGAAGACGAAGUGAGUUUCGGACCGAGGAAGAAAAGGUUCCGGUCAAUUUCGGAACUGUACAAGUUGAUAGAGCCUCUUAAUCUUGUCAUUGUUGCAGCAAAGGAAAAUAAGAGGAAGAGGAAGAGGAGCAUCUGA